AUGGUUCUUGUGGAAGGAAACACUCCACAGCGUUGGACACGUGGAAAGCUGUUGUUCGUCUCAUUGGCAGUUCGUUUCACCUUGAUCCUCUACUCGAACAUCCACGACUAUAUGUUUCAUGUGAAUUUCACUGACAUCGACUACAGCGUUUACAGCGACGCUGCUCGUUAUGUGGCUGCUGGAGAAAGUCCAUUCAACAGAGUAACAUACAGACUGAGUUACGAUUUAAGCACUUAUGCUAGGCCUAGUAGUCUGCGAAGUCGAGGGCACAAGGAGGGCCAACCCGAUGAUGAUCUCACACUGGCCGUUGUUGUUUUCUGGCUAGCGAAUCCUUUAAUUGCAGUUAUAUCAGCUAGAGGUAAUGCAGACGUACUGGUCUGUGCGGCAGUGCUUUUCACACUUUAUCUGCUGAAAAAAGAACAUGUUAGUUCAAAAUUUUACCUUUGA